GCUUGGUCUCCCCCUACAGGGAGCUGGACCAGUGUUGUCAACUUGUGGUGUCGAGAUCAGCCACUGUAAAACGAACGGCGGCUGUCAGAAGACCGCUGCCACUCCCGGAAGUUUGCGCCAAAGUUUAGCCUACAUGAGACGCUUAGAGCCGACCAGUAGCCUGUUCGGUUUAGAAAACUACAGUUUAGUAGUCCUAACUAUGGCUGUCAAACGCGCUCCGUGAAUUCUGAUGUAUCGUGGAUUUCUAUUGACUAUUCUCAGAAGAUGCCAGUGUUAUAAUCAGACGGUAUGAUGAUGGCACACUAAUGGACACAAGUAAAAGCUCUGGAGAGGCGGGUGCUGAUGAGAGCUCCAGAGAGCGCGGUGUGCUCCACCGGUGGAGGGGCUACUCCUGCAGCGUCAGCCCAGAGAGAGUGCUCCUCUCCAGGCCUGUGAUCCAGGCCGCCCUGGGCUCCUGCCAUGGCCUCCUGCUGACUGAAGGUGGCUUUGUGUACAGCUUUGGGGAGUUGCCAUGGAAACAGGGUGCAGGGUCCCACUCGACGGAGCCCCUGCAGGAGGCUUGCCUGAACGGGCGUGGCGUGGUGUCCGUGGCCUCUGGCAGCUUCCACUGCGGGGCGGUGACGCGCGACGGCUGCGUGCUGAUGUGGGGUGACAACAGCCACGGGCAGUGCGGCCUGGCAGGGCGGAGCCAAGUGCCCAGCCCGACGCCCAUCACGCUGCUGGACACGGAGGGCACCACGCCACGGCUGGUGAGGGCAAAGAGCGUGGCGUGCGGCGCCCAGCACACGCUGGCGCUGUCCGUCGGACACGAGGUGUGGGCGUGGGGCAGCGGGUGCCAGCUCGGACUGGUCUCCCAGGGCAACGCGCCCGUCUGUCGACCACAGAAGGUAGAAGACCUGGCUGGCAGGUAUGUGGUGCAGGUGGCAUGUGGGGGUUUCCACAGCCUGGCCCUGGUGCGCUCACUGCCCCCCUCCUCAGCCCGCACACUCUCCCUCGACAAGUGCGGCCGCUGUCAGCAGCUCCUCUACACCAUGGUCGACCGCGACGACCACGUCAUCAUCUCCGACAACCACUACUGUCCCCUAGGAGUGGAGAUCAAUGAGGUCAAGGGGCAGGAGAGCACCCCAGAGAAACAGCAGCAGGCUCAGCAGGAGCAGCCAGGUCAAAGUUCAGAAGGUCAGGGGUCAAACGAGGUCACCCAAGAUGUCAAUCACGUAGGAUCGUCGCUGUCGUCUGAGGCCUUCUGUCCCGCAGUGGGCUCUGCUGGAGAUUCUCCGGAGGCAGGUUCUAAAGCGGGGAACGUGGUAGAACCUGAUGAGGGGAGCACACCAGCACAGACAGACACUGCCAAAGCGCCUGUGAAGAGAACCAGGAGUUCUCAGUUCCCCGACGAGCAGGAGCUGAAGAACUACCUCAAGCGCAUGUCGGAUCUCUCCCUGUCCGAGCAGACUGGCACUGCCGCCCACUCCGCUCCCUCCUCGCCCGUCAGUGACCAACCCAACACCACCCCUAUGCCAUCGCCAGGCCUCGCGCCAGCCUCCGCCCACCUUCCACCCGCCAGUCACGGCACCCAGCUCCAUCAGAGUGGAAGCCCACCAGGUGUGACCCAACCCGUCCCACUCCAUUCACCUGCCUGCCUGCCUACCUGUCCACACACUCACCUGAACCCUGCCUUCGACGAGCACCUGGCGUCCACCUGCGAUGACACCUUUGACGAGGACUCUGGUCUGGAGCGGGACCUGGACCCCCCGAGCGGUCCUGGUGGUGGCGGGGGAGAGGGGGGCAUGCCGGGGCUGUGUGAGGGGCCUCGGGACCCGCUGAGCGGGCUGCUGAGGGUGGAGGUCCGGGGUCCGAGCACCAGGAGUGCCAGCCUGAUGGACGUACGGCUGGAGGAGAUCAGCAGCAGCAGCAGCAAGGCCGGACGCAGGAACUCACUACCUGGGCUCAGCUGUCAGGGUUCCCCAUUGAUGUCAAAGUGGGGCCAUCGGCGAGUUGGCUCUGCAGGAGGCAAGAAGAUGCCUGUUCCCGUGGAAACGGAACCUCUGCUGCCCUCUCUGUACACAGAGGUGUGGAGUUGGGGGCGUGGCCAGGAGGGCCAACUGGGCCAUGGGGACCGCCUACCCAGGCUGCAGCCUCUCUGUAUUAAGACGCUGAGUAAAAGGGAAGUGGUGAAGGUGGAGGCUGGGGCUCACCACUCUCUGGCCCUCACGGCACAGUGUCAGGUGUUCUCCUGGGGCAGUAAUAAAGCAGGGCAGCUGGGUCACCUGAACUCUCUGAGCACGGCUCCUCAACCUGUUAAGAUGUCGGAGGGGAUCCGUGUGUGGGAUGUGGGUGCUGGUCAAACCCACACGCUGCUGCUGGCUGAUGGAGACUGUGUCCAGCCAAUCCUCUACUACAGCGGAGAGCAGGUGGCCGAGGAUGGGCCUACAGGCACAUACACACAGACGCCUGCUCUACUGCCAUUCUGCAUGAAUAUGGGUUAUCUGAGCAAUGUAUUUGGUGGCGGUCAGACCUGCCUUGCUCUGUCAGAUCAGAACAUCAUGGGUUUCAUCUCCACUCUGCAUGAGCUCUGUGCUGCAGAGAGGAAGUUCUACUGCCACCUCAGCGCCAUCAGGAGCCAGAUACUACGCCCCCUACUGGCACGGGAGAGUGUGAAGGCGUGUCUUUGCAAGUCCUUCAUGCUCCUGCAGACCCUGGCAGGAAGUUUCAGUCGGCUCUGUCACCUGAUUGGUCAGCACUCCGUCUCCCUGACCCGCUUCCUGCAAAGAGAGAGGGAUGUGCGGAGCCUCGCCAUGCUCAAACAGACGGGCAUCUUCCUGGACACCUAUAAGGAGUACAGCAGCUCAGUGGGAAAUUUCUUGGUGAUGGGUGGCUUCCUAAGCCUGCUCAAACCCUUACAGGAGUGUUUUGGGAAGAAGCUGGAGGUUCUUCAGCAGCUGUCCGAGCCCAAAGACAAAGGUUCCUCUCCUGUCUCGAGUCCUGUUUCUAAUUCUGGUUCUGGUCCUGGUCUGCUGCAGUCCCUGCUCUACCUGCCUGUCAAACACAUGCACCAGUAUAGUCGACUUCUGCUGAAGCUGGCCACCUGCUUCCAUGUGGAGUCUGAGGAGUACUCUCUGCUGGAUGAGCGCUGCUCCCGGUUUGAGGCUAUAGCCCUGCAGCUGCUCAAACACAGGAAGGAGGCGGAGAAGACGCUGGACUUCUGGAGGAGCCUGCCCACAAAGGCCUCUGAUGCCUUGCGGACUCCGAGUCGGCGGUUGGUGUGUGAGAGCAACAAUAAAGCCCUUACCCUCCAGAACACCGGCCGCUUCUCUGUCAACCGCUUCAUCCUCUUCAACGACGCGCUUGUGUACACACAGGGCAACAUUCCGUCUAAGAAGUUUUUCUCGUCUUACCACAUCUAUCCCCUGGCCACCUUGUGGAUUGAGCCUCUAUGUGAAGAGGAUGACGGACUGUUUGGCCUGAAGUUCACCACUCCAGAGGACAGUUUUACAGCUCUGGCCUCAUCUCCUGCUGAGAAGGCCAGCUGGCUUCGCUCCAUAAACCAGGCUGUGGAGAAGCUUCUGGAAGCCGAGAUGGACGCCAAGGUCACAGGGUCAAGCCUAGGCUUGGGGUCAAGCGGGGGCCAGCGGGCAGAGCCGCGGAUGUCCCGGACGGCCACACACACCUUCGCCAAGGAGGGCCGGUACAAGGACGCGACCUACGAGGGACGCUGGCUGUGUGGCAAACCACAUGGCAGAGGCACUAUCAGGUGGCCUGAUGGACGCGUCUACAUCGGCAUGUUCAAGCACGGCCAGGAGGACGGGUUUGGAGACUUUGUCAUCCCCAUUAAGAACUCCCAUAAGACAGACCACUACCAGGGUCACUGCAAGGAGGGGAAGAUGCACGGCUUUGGGACCUACUGGUAUGCGUCUGGCGAGGUGUAUGAGGGCUCGUUCUGGGAGGGCCAGAGGCACGGCCACGGCAUGCUGAGCAGCGGCAAGAUGGCCUCCUCCAACUCCAGCGUCUUCGUCGGACACUGGGUCCACGACCGCAAGGCCGGAUACGGCGUGUUCGACGACAUCACCCGAGGUGAGAAGUAUAUGGGUCUGUGGAUGGACGAUCAGAAGCAAGGGCAUGGCGUUGUGGUCACCCAGUAUGGCCUCUACUAUGAGGGACAAUUCAGCUCUAACAAAAUGAUGGGCCUGGGUCUGCUGCUGGCUGAUGACGACACAACCUAUGAAGGAGACUUCUCAGAAGACUGGACCCUCAAUGGGAAGGGGGUGCUGUCUCUCCCCAAUGGUGAUAAAAUGGAGGGAGUGUUUGUGGGCCAGUGGAGCUCUGGACUGAAGAUCACAGGCACCUACCAGAAGCCCAACCCUUAUGGGCCAGACAGAGACAGGGAGAGGAUCAGGCCAUAUAAGCUGGGUGGUAUGGCGGUGUCUGCGGAUCAGAAGUGGGCAGCUGUGUUUGAGGAGUGCUGGAGGCGACUGGGCUGUGACUCGCCCGGACGUGGAGACACCGGCAGAGCCUGGGACAGCAUCGCCAUCAGCCUUACACAGAGACAGCACAGAGACAGUCCUGAGCUGCUGACACGCUCUCAGCAUAUGACCCUGGAAUGUCUGGAGGUCAUUCCCCAGCUCAAUGGCCAGUUCACCGCAGAGACCUACAACAAUGUCCGACGCUACCUCAUCAAGGCGUGUGACACGCCACUGCACCCUCUGGGCUGGCUGCUGGAGACUCUGGUGACGGUGUACCGGAUGACCUACGUAGGCGUGGGAUCAAACAGACGCCUGCUCCAACAAGCCGUUCUGGAGAUACAGUCCUACAUCGUCCGCAUCUACCAGCUGGUGAGGUUCCUCUUCCCCAGUCUCCCUGACGAUGGCACUUUUAUUCCGGAAGUUUCUGCGGCGGAGACCCUCUGUAGUUCCACAGACUCAGGCCUGCACUCAGAGAUUCCUGAGCAGGGGUUUGUGGUGAGCUGCUGUUCUCUGCUGUUGCCUGUGCUGCUGCCGCGUCUGUACCCGCCCCUGUUCACGCUCUACUCUCUGGAGCGCGAGAGGGAGGACGAGCUCUACUGGGACUGCGUCUCCCGCCUCAACAAGCAGCCCGACAGGGCUCUCAUGGGCUUCCUAGGGGUCCACCAGAAGUUCUGGGCCAGUCGCCGCCAUCUCUGUUUUGGGUGAUCCUGAAAAGGUCCUGACCAGCACUAAAGACGCCUGUUACGCCACAGCUGUGGAGACCCUUCAGCAGAUAAGCACCACCUUCACCCCUGCGGACAAGCUGCUGGUGAUCCGGCACACGUUUGAG